AUGAAGGAGAAAAAAGCCCCACCUUGGAGAUCUACUGGAAAACAGACAAUCCGACACGAAGAGUUUGCCUUUUGGCCUAAAAGUACCGUCCAUGACUUGGCAGCCCUCCGUGCCACUCCAGAGGACAUACUGCGCCGCCAUGAAAUACACAAGUCAAAAAACAAAGCACUGGCACAUCUGGAACUGCAGGAGAAGGCACUGAAAAGAAAAUGGAGGAAGCAAAAACAACUGUCUCCUGAUGCCUUGGAAGAAAGGAAGUUGACUCUGAUGCGUGAGAUUCUGUCUGAUCAAUACUAUUUGCAAGAUGUAUUGGAACGAUCUGAUCAGGCUCUGGCUGUGGCAAAAGACUUGCUUGGAGAUGCUCCUCGCACACGAACAGGUUUCCCUAAUGUGACAAUGGCUCCUCACUGUGACUUAGAAUCAUCUCAAGGACCCAUUGUACAAAAAUGUGAUCUUCACACUCAGCUUUCCAUCCUUAGUGAAUCUGUCAUGGAUUCCCAGGCCCUUAAUGAAGUGGUGGAGGAAGCAUUAUCAGCCUCUCCAUCAGCAGAUGGACAUCAUGACUCUCUGAAUCUGAAAUCUGACAUCAGUUCUGACAGGCUGCUUCGGUUAUUGCAGGAAGACAAUUCCUUGGUCAAUUCUCCGUUGUGGGCUGAAAAGGAGAUGAGAAAAACUACUCUAUCACAGGAAUCAGAUAUGACUUUGACUCCAACAGCUGUUUCACCGUCUUUGGAUCAGUCAGCUCUCAAUGCUACCAGUGUAGUCAAGAGAAUCUAUUCAAGACUUCAGAAUGAAGAUGAGGAAGAGAAUGUAGACUCCACUUACACUGUGAGAGACGUGCUGAACCCAAACGCAAGGAAACAAAAGCAAAUUGCAGGAAAAAUGAAAAGAAAACAAACUUCACAGAGCUCCACAAGACAGGGGAAAGAUGAUUCUCCAACUAAUUCAAUCUCCACUGACCUUCAGAAGGACAGCAAAUCCAGCCUAGAUGUUCUCAACAGCAUGAUACAUGAGGUGGAGCAUGAAUUAGAGGAAUAUGAGCGAUGUACAGGCCGUGAGGUUCAAAAAACUGAAAGAAGUGAAGGCCUCACUGGGUUUACCUUGUCGCUGGUGAAUGCUCUCUGUCGCUUAAUGCGCUACCUGAAAGAGAGUGAAAUGCAGUUGCGUGAGAAAGAGGUGAUGAGACAGCAGCAUGAGAUGAUGUUGCAUGAACACAGGGAACUGAUUGAUGCUCUGACUGCAGAAAUACUUCUAGUGAGGGAAGAAAACACUACUAUACAGAAAAAGCUUCAGCAAUACAUGACGGUAACAGAUGAACAGCUGAUCUCUCUCACACAAGCAUUUAAAGGCCUCCCUUUGGUAGAACCAAGAAGAGAACAAAGUCCAAACUAUUUUGGAAUUGCAAGCAAAAACCCAGUGAAUGGCCAAGAAAAACCUGAUGUGAGCUAUUUUGAGCCUAGGGCUGAUGCAGGCAACGGGGAAGGUAUGCUGAAAUUCCCACAGGAAGAACUUCCUUUCAAGUUUCCCCAGAGGUCAGGUGCUUUGGGAGCUGGUGGAAGCUUGCCGUCUCAUGUCUUCCAGCCAGCUGUGCUGUUGUCACCUCCCCGGCAGAGGAGCAGUCAGGAAUUGUCUCCCCUCCAGAAUGUGUUUACAGCCAUUUCUCAGUCUCCUGAAAACGUGGAAAGAGAACCACACAAGGAAAGGAGCUCACCUCCUUCCCUGCUAGCACAGAGCACAACUGAGGGAGAUUGUCUUACUUCUCAAAGGCAAUCAGUUCGUCCUGCAGACAAAGACUUGGAGAGUUCCCAUGAGAAAAUCAGCCUGUCCUGCCCAGGUAACACGAGAAAAAACAGUACAGCUGAAGAGUUAUUUCAAAAUGGUGAUCUGCUGAGACAGAUUGCUGAGCUCACACGGCAGAACUCACUAAUGAAGGCUCAACUGAGCAGAUUUGGAGGCUUCUCUGAAGACAGAAGUGACUGCCUGCACCAGCCAGACCCAAUACGAAAUGCAAAUGCUAGUCCAGACUCCUCACAAGGACAGACUCCUCUUAUGGUAUCGAAGAGCUUGGAGGAGAGAAUAGUAGAGCUGAAUCGCCAGAGCACGGAAGCACGUGAUAAACUGCUGCAGCUGAUAGACCAGCAGAAAUUAGCUGCUGCUGAUGUGGUCCCUCCAACAAGACCUCCUGCUCUGCCCCCAUCCCUAAAUAACACCGAAAAUGCAAGGAGGACAAUUGAAGUAUCUUUUCCUGUGGCAGUGUCUAUGGACAGCUCCAAAGAAGACAGUGUUUCCUCUGCCAGUAUGAGCAGUAUCAGAAGGUGUGUAGGAGAUUCUAGCAAGCCUAGUUCAUCCCUAAGUGCCACGUCAGAAAGUGUGACAUUAACUCCUGCCAGCCAAAGACCAAAGGUGGAGAAGCAAAAAGAAGAAGGCUGGUUUGCAUUGUCAAUGCACAUUAUGUAA